AUGCCAAGAGGAAGAAAACCCUCGUCCACCAAUAAAAGAACGAAAGAAGAAGCCGAAGCAGAGAGCAACCAACAUGAGGAUGAUGGCUCUCAUGUACCCAUCUACAAGAAGAAAGCAAGUGGUGGCUCGGUCCGAGGAGCUCGUAAAUCCAUUGCUCCUCUCACCAAGGAAGAAAAGAAGGAACAAGAAUAUAAGAGAUAUCAAGAAACAAAACAAGCCAUUGUAGAAGCAAGAAAAAAGAGAAAAACAACUGGCGCUGCUUCCACUGAAAGAGAUGGUACUCAUAUUCCAAAACCUCGGGUUGAAGAGGUUGAGAAUUUAUGGCAAGGAUGGAAGGAAGUAUUCUUGGUCGGAACCGAAUGGAAUUGUUAUGAUUUGGCUUACAAGAUUGAAUGGGAUUUUGAACAUCUUCAUGAUUUUCUCUUCUAUGAUGAGGAUGUAGCCAAGCAGGCUUCCAAGGAUGAAUCUGCUAGUGCUGCUGAUGAUGAAGAAGAAUUGAAACCACCUGCUCACGUCCUUGAGAAGGGAAAGAAUUGUUUCGUAUUCGGAAGUACUGAACCACAACUUGUGAAUGGUGAUAUGGUUUACAUUCCAGUCAUGAUUGCUGUUGUGAGUGAUCUCGCUCCACCCACCAAGCUUGGUAUCAAAUCCGUGCAAAUGGUCAAUGAGGAAAUUAUUGAUAUGAAAAAAUUGAAAAUGUCUUGGACUCCUUUCAUCCCUAAGGCUAAUCAAAGUAAGAGAAUUAAUUAUGCAAAUCUUCCUCAUGUGUUUGCAUUGCAUUGCAAUUUGAGAAGAAAUCUAUUGUCAAGAAUGAAGGAAGAAGACGUCAGGGUCUAUGAAUAUUGUCUGCCGUAUUGUUUCAGGCCAAGCCGAGUCAUUGACGAAAUUAAGAAGGACAAUAGUGGUACCAUUGAAAUGUUGUACGUGUUGGACAAGUCAGGAAGUGUACAAUUCAGUUUUGAUCCCGAAGAGGAUGACAUUAAUACCAUUAUUGAAGAAGUUUGUGAAGAUAAUGACCUCGACCCUGAAAAAUACACUGAUAAAUUGAAGGAAUUCAUCAAGGCAGAAGUGAAAAAAUUCAAAGAGUCCGUUCAGAAAAAGAUGGAUGACAAGCAAGCUGAAAUUGAUAAAUUGAGUGAGCAAGAAAGGAAAUCCCUCAACGAAAUGAAGGUUUACAAAUUCUAUCCACAGAACAAGUCACCAGAUCUUUCACCAUUCAAAGUUGCCUACGUGAAUAGAUAUUAUGGAAAAGCUGAUGUUUUAUUGUAG